AUGGAUGUAGAAUGGCCAGACAUGCUGAUGUUACACUUAAUAAUACAUGAUGUAUAUAAUACAAAUAAUCAUGAUUUAUGUUUAUAUGGAAAACCUUAUAUAAAAUUUUAUUGGAAAGAUAUAAAAUAUAAAAAUUAUUUUAAAUAUACAUCAGAUGAAAUAAGCUAUUUUUGUGAAUUUUUUUUACCUUACAAGUCAGGAGAUUAUAUCGAAAAUUUGGUUUUUCAAAUAUGGGCAAAUAGCUAUUUUAAAAAAAAAAAAAAAAUUGCAUAUAAUUAUAUAAAUAUAAAUGAUGUUGAAAAGGAGAUUAAAAUAGACGGGAAAAUUGAAUUAGUUGGAAAAAUAAAAGGAUUUAAAAUGAUUUACACAUUACAAAUUAUAUAUUAUUCUUUAUAUAAAUUUAUGAAAACAAAAAGAAUAUUAAUUUUAGAAAAUAUUUCUAUUUAUAAAAUGUUACAAAUAUAUAAAAAAUAUGUUAACUCUCCUUUAGAAUGUAAAAAUAAUCUUCUUGAACAAUAUAUUCUUUCUUUAUUUCAUACUAAUGAUUAUUUUAAAAGUGAUACACCAUUACGUUUAAAAUCGAAACCAGAAAAAGAUGUCGUUUAUAGAGUUAAUCAGUGUCAUAUAGCUACCAAUACAAAACCUUCAAAAAAUAAAAUUAUAUUAAAAGAAAAAAAAAAUCAUAAAUUUUAUAAAAUACCAAGGAUAUGCAUUCACCGUAAUAAAGUUUCAACAAGAAUGAACCAACAAAAUAUGGAUCAAAUAAAUACAAAUUCUAAAUCAUCUGAAAGUGGCCAAAGUACCAUACAAAAUAGUGUAGGAAAAAAACAGCUAGCUAAAAGUGGUAAAGCCAAUUCCAGCAUUAGUAGUAACUAUAGCUAUGAUGGCAAUAAAUAUGAAAAUGUGAAUUGCAAAAAAAUAGUAAACCCAUCUCAAUAUAUGACUUACAAAAUUAUAAACAAUUUCAAUCAAAAGGCUAAGGCACAAACUGUUAAACGCAAUCAGAAUAAAAUAAAAGAAAUAAGACAUUUUAUUAAAAUUAGAGGAAAAAGUAUAAAUAAAUGUAUAGACACCAAAAUCACCAAGGACUGCAAUCUUAAGUUUGUAGACCUACACGGCUUGAAAAAAUGCUAA